UUAUUUACCUUUCUCUUUUUUUCUUCUUUCUAUUUAUACACAAAGGUUGUUGUGGUCUUCUCUCCUUGACUUCACUAUAACCUUCUUCUAAACAAUUAAUAAUCUCUAUCUUUCAUUCUUUCUCAUCAAAUUUCACUUAUGGAUGAAAGGUGGGGUGAGGAAAAGAAAAUCUAUGACUACAAAGAAGAGAAUAUUGAGUAUGAAGAAGAAGAAGAAGAUGAUGAAGAUGAAGAAGAGGUUUUGAAAGAGAAGAAAAGGGUGAUGAAGAGUUAUAAAAAGAAAGGGUCAAAAGCUGGAGGAUCAGUGUUACCAUGUUGUCAAGUUGAUAACUGUAAUGCUGAUCUAAGUGUUGCUAAGCAAUAUCAUAAGCGCCAUAAGGUUUGUGAACAUCAUGCUAAGGCUCAUUCAGUUCUCAUUCAAGACCUACAACAAAGGUUUUGCCAACAAUGUAGCAGGUUUCAUGAGGUAUCAGAAUUUGAUGAGUUAAAAAGAAGUUGUAGAAGGCGUUUAGCUGGACAUAACGAGAGGCGUCGCAAAAAUGUAUCUGAAUAUCACGGAGAAGGAUUUAACCGAUGAAGAUGUUGAUUGAGCAACAUAUAUAUAAUUCAAAUUGAUGUUAUUUGUGGAAGCUCUCUCUCUUCUGUCAUCAUCAAUCUCUCUAUGCUAUGUUGGAGUUAUAUCUACAACAAUAAUUUUACCUUAAAUGAAAUCAUAAAAAAUAUGUGUUGGAAUUCGUGGCUUUUGGAAGUGUAUGUGUUUCUUUCAUGUCCUUGUUCCAUUCCAUUUAUUAUCAUGACUUUCCUACAAUAAUAUAUUUGAGGGAUGUAUAUAUAUGCUUUAAUGACCAAUGAUCACUAGUACUAAAUAUUAAUUGAAAUAAUUUCGGUCAAAA